AUGGCCCAAUUCAAAGUCAAAUCGUACGCUGAACGAGCCGAGGCACACCCUUCACCAGUGGUGCAGCGCCUUUUCAAACUAAUGGAGCAAAAAAAGUCCAACUUGUGUGCCUCAGUCGACGUGCGCAACACCCACGAAUUCCUCCAACUCAUCGACAAGCUCGGCCCAUUUGUGUGUCUAGUCAAGACCCACAUAGAUAUAAUUGACGACUUCACCUACGAAGGCACCAUCGAGCCGCUCCUUGCGCUUGCCAAAAAACACAAUUUCAUGCUUUUUGAAGACCGCAAGUUUGCCGAUAUCGGCAACACCGUCAAGUUCCAAUACACGGGCGGCGUGUACAAGAUUGCCCAGUGGGCCGACAUCACCAAUGCCCACGGUGUCACUGGCGCCGGCGUAGUGCAGGGCCUCAAGGAGGGCGCUAGGGAAACCACCCGGCAACCACGAGGCUUAUUGAUGCUCGCGGAGCUAUCGUCGAAGGGCUCGAUUGCCUAUGGCGAGUACACGGAGAAAACAGUUGAUAUAGCGAGAACGGACAAGGAGUUUGCUAUUGGGUUCAUUGCGCAGCGCGACAUGGGUGGGCAUGAUGAAGGGUUUGAUUGGGUCAUCAUGACUCCCGGGGUGGGGUUGGAUGACACGGGCGAUAGUUUGGGGCAGCAGUAUCGCACUGUCUCCCAGGUGAUUCCGCUGGGCACGGAUAUUAUUAUUGUCGGUAGAGGGUUGUUUGGCAAGGGGAGAGAUCCGUUGGUUGAAGGUGCCAGGUACCAGAAAGCUGGGUGGGAUGCUUAUUUGCAACGUAUUGGUCACCAGGCAUGA